CUUUAAGGUGAAAGGAGGACAUGAGGGAAUACAGCUGGAACAGUUUCAAGAAUUUAAUAUUCAGAAAUCCUGCUGUUGUCAACCAGGAUCCACAUGUGGAUAAUGGGGAUGAAAAUACUGAGCGUGGGAACUGGGCCAGCAAGAGGGAGUACAUGCUCUCUACGAUCGGCUAUGCUGUUGGACUUGGAAAUAUCUGGAGAUUUCCGUAUUUGGUCUACAAGAAUGGAGGGGGUGCCUUUCUUAUCCCCUACUUUGUGAUGUUGGUGGUGACUGGGAUUCCUCUGUUCUUCCUGGAAAGUGCCUUCGGACAGUUUUGCAGCCAAGGUCCAAUCAACAUAUGGAGAUCAGUACCUAUCCUGCAGGGUGUUGGCGUUGGCAUGGUUAUGGUGACUCUAAUAGUAUCAAUUUACUACAACGUCAUCAUCGCCUACAGCCUGUACUACAUGUUCGCCUCCUUCCAGUUUCCUCUGCCGUGGUCCAGCUGCCUCAGUCUGCCUGACAGUAACUGCAGCACCACGCCUCAAGUGUACUGCAAUGUAAGUGGUGUUUUAGUGACCAACUGGACUCAGGAGAACACCACCUGUCCUUCAUCUGACACAAUCACAGUUCCCAUGCAGAGCCCAAGUGAGCAGUACUGGGACCGUGUGGCCCUGCAGAGAUCCAGCGGCCUGGAUGAAACAGGACCAGUAGUUUGGCAUUUGGCUCUCUGUCUGCUGCUGAGCUCCUUGAUUGUUGCUGCAGCGCUCAUCAGAGGCAUCAAGUCAUCUGGCAAAGUGGUUUAUUUCACAGCCACGUUUCCUUACGUGGUGAUUCUGAUCCUGCUGAUCAGAGGUGUGACACUAGAGGGAGCCAGAGAUGGGAUAGAGUUCUACAUUGGUUCCCAAUCCAAUUUGACUAAAUUGACAGAAGCACAGGUCUGGAAAGAUGCAGCAACUCAGACCUUCUACUCUCUCUCGAUUGGCUGGGGUGGAGUCAUGACUCUUGCCUCCUAUAACACCUUCCACAACAAUAUGUUCAAAGAUGCAUUUGUUGUGACACUUACUAAUGCUGGUACCAGUGUGCUUGCAGGCUUUGCCAUAUUUUCAAUCUUGGGUCACAUGGCUCACUUCCAACAAGUGCCUAUUGAAAAAGUGGUCAAGGCAGAAUUUGGACUGGCAUUUAUUGCAUAUCCAGAUGCUUUGUCUAAGCUUCCCAUUUCCCCUUUGUGGUCAAUUUUGUUCUUCUUCAUGCUUUUGACUGUUGGUCUGGACUCUCAGUUUGCAGGAAUAGAGGUGAUCACAACCUGCCUGCUUGAUGCCUUUCCUCAAAUCUUCAAGUCCAAAAGAGCAUUAUUGACUGUAGCGAUAUGUUCUGUUCUCUACCUGCUGGGCCUGCCAUGUGUCACAAGGGCAGGAAUAUACUGGGUGACCCUAAUCGAUGGGUUUGUUGCUGGCUGGGUGCUGCUAGUUUUGGCUCUCUUGGAGAUCAUUGGUGUCUGCUACAUCUAUGGGGGAAAUCGUUUCAUUAAAGACAUUGAAAUGAUGAUUGGAAAGAAGAGUUUCCUUUUCUGGCUGUGGUGGAGAGCAUGUUGGUUCUUCAUUACCCCCUGCCUUAUAGUGGUGAUCCUGAUCUGGUCCUUGGUGUCACUCGAGUCACCCUCCUAUAGUGGAGUCCAGUUCCCAGAGUGGGGUUUGGCUGUGGGCUGGUGCAUGACUGUAUUUAUCCUCCUCUUGGUUCCUAUCGUCGCUGUAUAUAAACUGAUGAAAGCAGAGGGAAGCCCUUGGAAGCGUCUGAAGUCAUUGUGCUCUCCAGCUGAAGAGUGGCAUCCCUACCUGGACAUCCAUCGAGGAGAGCGCUACUCCGAGCAACGCAUCCGCCUCAGGAUGAGCCAUAAAACCGAACCAGAAGCAAAUGUGAAUGUAAUCUCGAGCUCAUGGCUCUGAUGUGUGGUUUGUGUGUCAGAGUCUUUCAUUUUGUGCAUACGUGUAAUCUGUGAACACUUUAUUAUGUAAAUUAGAGUUAAUUAAGUGAUUUAUUAACUCAAGGAGGCAGAGUGACAAAUGAUUCACAGAUUUGAUUUCUGGAGCAGGUAGCAUGCAUCACACUUAUGUGAGGUCAUGUGUUCACUGUAAAUGGAGCAGAGCCAUUAGAAAGUGACGACAAGGAGCAAUGACCAAAGGCACCAAGUGUAAAACAGCUGAAAGCUAACUAAAAAAGAAAAAAACAUGCUUUCAUGUUAAAAUAAAUAAUAUGAGUCAAUGUAUAAAACAAUAUUAUUGCUCAAUGGGGCAUUCAAUCAAGAUGUUUAAUGUUUUGUUCGUAAAGACUGUCGUGCCUCUCUUGCCAU